AUGUUAUCGAUAAUAUCGAGAUGUGUCGUCGAUAACUCACUAUUACUCGCACACAAACCUCCGACCGAAAUGAGUGAUAAGGAUCAUCCUGUGUUAGUUCACCACGCCUCGACAGCAGUCAUUGGCAGAAAUAAAAACGGCCACGUAACUCGUCACGUCUCGCUGGACAGAGAGAUCGUGCGACCGGUGACAAUGUGUCACCUAGCCAGUAUAACACGACCCCCGCUCGGACGCUGCCCAUCCGCUGGCAGUGACCGAGGCUUACACAAUCCCGCGGACGGGGGUCAUCCGAUACUGGUCGCUUAG